UAAGAUUAUUUCAAGCGAGCAAAAUAGGCUUCUCUCUGGUGUUGGAUUCGUAAUUGAUUCAAUCGACAAAGUCGUUUAAUCUUUUGUUCCACAUGUUAGGCAACAAAGAAUUAAUAUGGCUAAAAAAAUGAAUAAUUGUCAAGUAAUCGAGUAAGGUAGAGGAAAAGUAGAUUGAGGGAUCGUGCAGUUAAAAUUGUUGGAAUUCCCGCCCGAGUUAGGACAACCUAACCUAUACCCCGCGUGACGUCAAUCGCGGCAACGCCAGGUCGCCAGUUCCCAGGCGCAAAAAUCGUGUCAGACUUUUACAAUAUGUCCACGUAGGAAGUGAUCUUGCCGUCCAUCCCGGAAGAAAGAACCGUUCGAUAUGACUUGGUGGUAGUUUGAAGGUGAAGGUUUUUGCCGACUAUUGCACGACACUUGCGUAAUAAUCCCGCGGCACCUGGAAAUCCGGGCUGUCGAGAUGACUUUUCCACCUUUCAACCUGGGCCCGCGGCCCUCGAUCACUUUCUCACAGCCGUCGAGGUGCCAAGAGUUGCAGCCGCGAGAACCUUUGACCAACUGACCAACUGACCGAUGUGACCAUGGCCAGUCCACGAACGCGACGAGUGCUGAAUGAAUUAAAGCCGAGGGACGAGAACAAUAAAUGCUUCGAAUGCGACAGCCACAAUCCGCAAUGGGUGUCGGUAACGUAUGGCAUUUGGAUAUGCCUCGAGUGCUCUGGCAAGCAUCGUGGUCUAGGUGUGCACUUGUCCUUUGUCCGCUCUGUCUCUAUGGACAAGUGGAAGGACAUAGAACUGGAAAAGAUGAAGGUCGGUGGUAACAGAAAUGCCCGCGAGUUCUUUGAGAGUCAACCCGACUGGGACGAAUCCAUGUCCAUCUCGCAGCGUUACAAUACAAAGGCGGCGGCAUUGUACAGAGACAAGAUCGCUACGUUGGCGAGAGGAGAGCGUUGGAGUCCAAACAGCUCGACGGCAAAGGAUUUUCAGCCUUCGGCAUUUAUUAAGAGUAAGCAAGAGCACUCGUACCAGAGCGACUUGUCCUCUUCUUAUCAAAAUAUGGACUUGGACAGCCUAAAAGUACAGACGGAGUCCUUCUUUGUGAAAAGACAGAAUGAAAAUGCUAAUCGUCCAGAUAAUAUCCCACCUAAUCAAGGCGGUAAAUACGGUGGCUUUGGUUAUCAGAUGGAUCCACCACCCAAGAGUUCGUCCCAGGAAUUGUUCGACACCGCAGUAUCAUCAUUAGCGACUGGCUGGUCAAUAUUCUCUUCCUCAGCAUCGAAAAUGGCGAGCAAAGCUACUGAAAACGCAAUCAAGAUUGGAGGACUCGCGACGCAAAAGGUUCGUGACGGCACUUUGUUAGAGGAUGUAGGAGCCCAAGUCAAUCAUUUGGUUACAAAGGUUGGAGAUAUAACAAGACGGGGAGGAUGGGGUGAUAUUGCUGGGACCAAUUCAGCGGAACAACAAAGGCAAUACGAUUCCAUGGACCGAUACCAAUAUUCCUCCAACACGUAUCAGAAUAGCGAUCCAAUACAAUCGAAUCGCUCCAACGAAAAAUCGUCUCUCGUAAGAAGCUCCAGUUCCAAAAGUAAUAUUUCUGCUGGAGAUUCCUCCAACUGCGAUUGGGAUUGGGGCAAUGACGCGAGACAAGUGACCAAGACAACUUGGAAGAAGCAACCGAAGGCGGAGAAGGAGGAAUCGUUGAUCAAUUUUGAAACGGACAAUAAGGCACAAGAGAAUUGGAACUCGAAAGCGGAAGAUGACGCCUGGGAAAUAUUGAAUAAUUAACACAUUAGCGCGAAUUAGGAAAUGAGGAUAUCGGUAUAUGUUAAUUUUUAAGAGUAUCAAUGAGAAUUAAAGAAAAGACAUGCCCUUA